AUGAACAAUACUAAUAAAUGCAAAAUUAUUUUAUUAACAGGCUAUUUAGGUUCAGGCAAAACUACUUUAUUACAAUACAUCUUAAAAGUGCAGAAUCUAUAUUAAGUGGCUGUUAUUUAAAAUGAAUUCUCUGAUGAAAUGGGAAUUGAAGCACCUCUAAUGGUAGAUAAUAAUGGAGAUAUAUUUGAUUCUUUUUUUGAAUUACCUAAUGGUUGUAUCUGUUGUUCUGCUAAGUAAAAUAAAUACUUAUAAAAAGAGGAUAAUUGAUGACAGCCAUUCAAUAUUUUAUUGAAAAGAAACCAAAUAUUUAAUUUAUAAUUAUUGAAUCUAAUGGUCUAGCUGAUCCUUCAAGUUUGAUUAAAGAAUUAUGGGUUGAUUAAGGAUUAAAUUUACCAGCAGAAUUAGCUACUAUUGUUGGUUUAAUACCAUCACACAAAUUUAAGAAUCUAUACGAAUUAGAAAUUUUUAGAAAACAAAUAAUUCAUGCCGAUAUAUUAUUGUUAAAUUUUUAAGUAAAUUCUUCUUAAUUUUUAAGGAUUUAUGUAAAUAAGAAGAUUUGGUUAUCAUUGAAAAAUAAUUAAUGAUAAUUAACCCUAAUGCUAAAUUAAUUAAAUCUGAAAGAGCAUAAAUUGAUAUUCAAAAUGUUUUUGAAGCAGAUAAAGCAGAUAAUAAAAUAUUUAAUUAAGAACAUAUCCAUUUUGAGGAAGUUGGAAAUAUAACAAAAUUAUUUCUUAAUUUACAUACUCCAAAUAUUACUCAAUAAGAAUGGAACAUGAAAAUUGGAUAGAUGUUAUGGGAAGAGGGUUUAAAUGUAAUGAGAAUUAAGGGAUUGCUAUUUUGUAAAGAUGAACAAGUCAUGUAUUCAUUAUAAGGAGUAGAAGAUAUCUUUGAAAUUACUCCAACUAAUUUGCCAAGUAUAAAUCAAUCAAACUUAAGUAAAAUUUUGAUUAUUGGAUAAUAAAUAACUGAAGAAGUUAUAAAAAAAAUUAUUCUUAGUAAUUGA